AUGAGUAGAGAAAAUUUAAAGAUUUUAACUCUUGCUGCUACUAUUGGUUUUUCAGUUGCAGUGACUACCUUUUUAUUUAGAUAUUAUUCAAAUAAUAAUCAUAAUUUAUCAUCAUUUAACGUCCAAGAAAAUAAUACUCCAACUACAAAAUCAACACCAACACCAACACCAGCUCCAGAACCAUCAACUAAUUCAAAUGUUAAUAAAGGUCAAAGACAACAACCACAAAUAUUAGAUAUUGAAGAAUUAAUCGCAAAAUGUGGCUUUUGCAGACCAGAAAUGGUAGAUUCAAAUAGAGAAACACCAAAUAAUUCUAUUUCGACAUAUCAUAGACAUUAUUUUAUUUGUACUGGUAUUCCAAGUGAAGAAUGGCCAGCUAAAUUAUAUAGUGCUACACCACUUUUAGAAAGUUUUCAACAAGUAAUGAAAAAGUAUGAAAAUAAUCCAAGAAAGAAUCAAAUUAUCAAUGCAACAGAUAUUCAACCAUUGAAUAAGGAUAGCUUAGAUGUAAUCAUUUUCCCAGAAAUGGUUAAAUUGGUUGGAUUAACUCCAAACACUAUGGAAAAAGUUUUAACCUAUUUCCAAGAUAAUGAUACUAUUGAUCUUUCAACAUUCCCAAUGGAAAUUCAAGUUGAACAAUUGAGUGGAAAAUAUAUCUUUAUUUGUACUCAUAAACAAAAAGAUCAACGUUGUGGUUAUUGUGGUCCAAUUUUAGUCGAUCAAUUAAGAGAUCAAAUUAAAGAAAGAUCUUUGGAAAAAGAAAUUCAAGUAUUUGGUACCUCUCAUGUCGGUGGUCAUAAAUAUGCUGGUAACGUUUUGGUUUUCCCACCAGGUAACUGGUAUGGUUAUGUAACUCCUGAUGAUGUCUCCUCAAUCAUUGAUUCUACAAUCUCUGGUGAAGUCAUUCAAAAACUUCAUCGUGGUACUAUGGGUACUGAAAUCCCAAAAAAAGAAAAAAAACAUUAA